AGGGGCGGAGAGAGGAAAGUGGAGCAGGAAGAGCGGCUGUAAGGCGGCGGCGGCGGCUGCGACAGACAGUUCCAGCGGGUGGCAGCUGGCCGCGAGAACAGGAUGCAGGUCCGGGUCGGGCUGACGCUAUUGCUGUGUGCGGUGCUACUGAGCUCGGGCUCGGCGUCCUCCGAUGAAGAAGACAACCAGGAAGAAUCUUCAGAUUCCAAGAGUUCUUUGCCACCAGAUGAAUCAGUAAAGGACCACACCAUCACGGGCAAAGUAGUUGCUGGUCAGAUAUUUGUUGAUUCAGAAGAAUCAGAACUGGAAUCACCCAUUCACGAAGAGAAAGACAGCUUCAAGAGCCAGGAAGGGGAAGGUGCCACUGAAGAAAUCAGCUUUCUAGAAUCUCCAGAUUCAGAAAAGGAUUAUGAAGAACCAAAGAAAGUACGGAAACCAGUCUUGACUGCCAUUGAAGGCACAGCGCAUGGGGAGCCCUGCCACUUCCCUUUUCUUUUCCUGGACAAGGAAUAUGAUGAAUGUACUUCCGAUGGGAGGGAAGACGGCAGACUGUGGUGUGCUACAACCUACGACUACAAAACUGAUGAGAAGUGGGGCUUCUGUGAAACUGAAGAAGAGGCUGCUAAGAGACGGCAGAUGCAGGAAGCAGAAAUGCUGUAUCAGACUGGAAUGAAAAUCCUCAACGGAAGCAACAAGAAAAGCCAGAUAAGAGAAGCAUAUCGAUAUCUUCAAAAGGCAGCAAGCAUGAACCAUACCAAGGCUCUGGAGAGAGUGUCCUAUGCGCUUCUGUUUGGAUAUUACCUGCCACAGAAUAUCCAGGCAGCCAAAGAGAUGUUUGAGAAGCUGACUGAGGAAGGCUCCCCCAAAGGGCAGACUGCUCUCGGCUUUCUCUAUGCCUCUGGACUCGGUGUUAAUUCAAGUCAGGCAAAGGCUCUUGUGUAUUAUACUUUUGGAGCUCUUGGAGGUAAUCUAAUAGCCCACAUGGUUUUGGGGUACCGGUACUGGGCUGGCAUCGGAGUCCUCCAGAGCUGUGAAUCUGCACUGACCCAUUAUCGUCUUGUUGCCAAUCAUGUUGCUAGCGAUAUCUCGCUAACGGGCGGCUCAGUGGUGCAGAGAAUACGACUGCCUGAUGAAGUAGAAAACCCAGGAAUGAACAGUGGCAUGCUAGAAGAAGAUUUGAUUCAGUAUUACCAGUUCCUAGCUGAAAAGGGCGAUGUACAAGCACAAGUUGGUCUGGGACAACUGCACCUGCACGGUGGCCGUGGAGUAGAGCAGAAUCACCAGAGAGCGUUUGACUACUUCAACUUAGCAGCUAAUGCUGGCAAUUCACAUGCUAUGGCCUUCUUAGGAAAGAUGUAUUCAGAAGGAAGUGAUAUUGUACCUCAAAGCAAUGAAACAGCGCUACACUACUUUAAAAAAGCUGCUGACAUGGGCAACCCCGUUGGACAGAGUGGGCUAGGAAUGGCCUACCUCUACGGGCGAGGAGUUCAAGUUAAUUAUGAUCUGGCCCUGAAAUAUUUCCAGAAAGCUGCUGAGCAAGGCUGGGUGGAUGGACAGCUGCAGCUUGGCUCUAUGUACUACAAUGGCAUUGGAGUCAAGAGAGAUUAUAAACAGGCCUUGAAGUAUUUUAAUUUAGCUUCUCAAGGAGGCCAUAUCCUGGCUUUCUAUAACCUGGCACAGAUGCACGCCAGCGGCACAGGUGUGAUGCGGUCCUGUCACACCGCGGUGGAGUUAUUUAAGAAUGUGUGUGAGCGAGGCCGCUGGUCCGAGAGGCUGAUGUCUGCCUAUAACAGCUACAAAGAUGGCGACUACAAUGCUGCCGUGAUCCAGUACCUCCUGCUGGCAGAGCAGGGCUAUGAAGUGGCACAGAGCAACGCAGCCUUCAUUCUUGAUCAGAGAGAAGCAACCAUUGUUGGUGAGAAUGAAACUUACCCCAGAGCUUUGCUACACUGGAACAGGGCCGCCUCUCAAGGCUAUACUGUGGCUAGAAUCAAGCUUGGAGACUACCAUUUCUAUGGAUUUGGCACUGAUGUAGAUUACGAGACUGCCUUCAUCCAUUAUCGUCUUGCUUCUGAGCAGCAGCACAGCGCGCAGGCUAUGUUUAACCUGGGGUACAUGCAUGAGAAGGGGCUAGGCAUUAAACAGGAUAUUCAUCUUGCAAAACGCUUUUAUGACAUGGCAGCAGAAGCCAGCCCAGAUGCACAAGUCCCGGUCUUCCUAGCACUCUGCAAAUUGGGCGUUGUGUACUUCUUACAGUACAUAAGGGAAACAAAUAUUCGAGAUCUGUUCACUCAGCUUGACCUGGACCAGCUUCUGGGACCCGAGUGGGACCUUUACCUCAUGACCAUCAUUGCGCUGCUUCUGGGGACAGUCAUAGCCUACAGACAGAGACAGCACCAGGAGCUGCCCAUGCCCAGGCCUCCGGGGCCACGGCCAGCCCCACCCCAGCCAGAGGGGCCACCUGAGCAGCAGCUGCCCCAGCCCGGCCUCGAUCAGUAACAACAUGGAACUUGUUUGCUUCGGACUUGCAUCUGACUUAAUUAAGACUCUGGAUUGGUGGCACCUCCUGGAAGAGGCACAAGGAAGCGUUGAAUUCCUAAAGCUGCUUAGAAUCUGAUGCCUUUAUUUUCAGGGAUAAGUAACUCUUACCUAAACUAAGCUGAAUGUUUGUUUCAGUGCCAUAUGAAAUAACAACUCUCAGUGGCUCUCCUUUUUUUGGGGGGGAGGGUGGUGUCUGGAAACAGGUAAGACACUCAGAAUAAUGUCUGCCGUACCCCGCUAUCCCUUUCUUGGGUCCUUUCCAUCAUUCGCCCAAUGUGCUGAAGUUCUCAUAGGUCUCGUGCAUCAACACUAAGAACUGAUUGAUGUAAAAGGAAAACCCAGUCAGUUGCAACUUUAACCAUAAACAUGUUUAAAAGUUUGAAAGUAAAAAACAAAACCAAAAAAAAAAUAUGUAUCUUCAAAGUGUUUGGAACUGAUAAUGAGAAACGUGUACCAUCCACAUGCAAGUACUCAUAUGCAGCAUUUUUCUUUUUUUAUCUGAAAAGGGAAAAUGGGGAGGUUUCUUCUUACAGGCAGUUGUCACGCUUCAGACCAUCCUUCCCUUCAAAGACUGAAAGAAAGGCUUUGUUGAAAGAGUUCUGUGGGGACUGCACCUCAUUGUCCUGGAAUACAUGUAGGAUCCUGUGCACAGAUUUCUUUGCUAACAUGAACCUGCCCCGCCUACUCCAUGUAAUCUGCUUGUUUAUUUUGAGUAUACAGAGCCUUGAUCCAGAAGCCAGAGGAUGGACUAAGUGGACGAAGUUAAAAGCAUACUAAAGAACUUCGCGUGGGAUACCGACAUCAUAAACACACUUUCCUAAAGGUUGAAGCAUUUGCUCCCAGAUUUUGUUUUACUUUGCAUUUCUUACUACACAGAGAACCAGUCACUCUCCUGAGCCCUUCAGACAUGAAAUAGCAUUUUCAGUGUACGGCCCACAGUAUCUGCUGUAGCUGAGAGCAUUGAAGGUGGGUUAAACUUGGUGACCGAUGAAAAGCCAGGCCUGUUUGUACCGUUGUGUGUGCCUGGGUAGCUUUUCAUUUCUGACACUUUGAUGUUACAGGAGGAAGUCAGCUGCUUGCUUCUUGAUCAUGCUCACCAUCCUCCCACUGUGUUACUAACUUAGGAAAUUCAGGGCUGCUGCACCAUAGAAUCACCUGGUUAGAUAAGCAAAAAACAACCAAAAAGAAAAUUGACAGCUUCGCAUAAUCACUCAAAUGAAAGAACUAACACAUAAGCUGACUUUGGAUUUCUUCAUGCCAUCAAAUGGUGGGGGCUGACCUGAGACUCAUUAGUGAAUGAGCUAUCUGUGGACACAUUGUGAACCCCUCUACUGGAAAACUUGAAGAGUUCGUUACUUGUAGAGUUUUAAUGCUAUGGAUUUUGAAGUCAGGGUUGUUUUUAGAACUAGAUUUAGUCAGUCUACAGGGAACAUGAAGGCUUUAAAUGUGAACUUGUAUGCUUUUUUGUGUGUGUUUAGAGUCUUAUGGGAAACCUGGUAAGCAAACUUUCCUCCCAGAUAUCUGCUUCCACAUUUGAAGAAGUCACAGAGAGGACCAUCCGUACAAAAGCGUAUCUGUGAGAGAGAGGAAAUCUGCCCUCAAAAGUGUGACAUUGCUUUGGGCAGCCCUUGUAAAUAUGGAGACUGUCAGUCUCCUACAUUUAUAGUGGACUGCGGGUGGUACAGUAUGUUGACAUUCUCACAGGUGCCUCUGCUCCACCCCUUCAGAGCAGGUGUAACCCAGGGGGGUAGCCACACUUUAUUUAGAAAGCACUGUGUUAAUUAUUCAGAAUUGAAGGCCCCAGCCACUUGGAAGGGUGAGGCAAGAGGAUCAUGUGACCCCAUGAUUUGAAACCAGCCUGAGCCGCACAGGAAGACCCUGCCUCAAAAAGUGAAAAUGCUUGUAAGAGAUGACUACAGAAUUCCACUUUUCCUUCCCUAGCGUCUACCCACUUUCUCCUUGCGCAGCAUUUCUGUAUCAAGCUUUGCUCCCUCGCCUGGUACUUGGAGAAAACACUGCUUAAAUUGGCGUGCACUACCUAAGGCCAGAUGGGCAAGUGUGGUCUGGUUCUUCCCUGCUAACAGGCUUCCCGUCACUGUCCCCUUGUCCUGUCCAUUUUUGUUAUUAAUAAUGCUGCAGAUAGCCUUUCCUUGGCGUGUCUCUACCUCCUGUUUUCCCCUGGGCCUUUUGCUUCCAAAAGUUUAGAUGGUAUGUUUAAAAUAACUCAGCCCUUACAGCUUCUUUUAAAAGACUGUCUCAAAAUACUUGGUUCCCUGUAUCUUUUGGUUCAUGAUACGUGGUACCUAAGCAAAUAGGAAUUGGGUUUGGUUUUUCUCCUAAAAAUAAUGCACAGUACUUACUUAUCUAAUCAAAUGGCAUCCAUUUGAAUAAAAUAACAAUAACUCAAGCUAGUUAAUGUCAGUGACAUUAAACUAACUCCAGGGCUCAGGAGUCGUAGUGUUAGGGUGUAGACUUGCCAGUGGAGCUGCAGCCCAUCUCCUGGCACCUCUGUGUUCUCAGCUGUCAGAGCUGCCCGGACAGUUCAGUUUCAGUUCUCGUGCUUUGCUUUGUUGGCCAGCCAGAAGUUUCAGAAUCUUAAAACCACCUGUUUUGCUUCUAUCUUAUUUUACCAGGGUGACAUAGGUGUGUGUGUGUGUGGGUGUGUGUAUUUUGGUUUUUUGGGGAGGGUUGUUCAUUUGUUGUUGUUUUUCUUUUUGUGCUUAAAAUUUUUGUUUCUGUUUUAUAGGUGAGACUUGUCUUACUUUUGGUUAAUAGUCAGUGGCACAGAAAACGUAAAUGAAGGGCUGGGGAUUUAGCUCAGCGGCAUAAGCACCUGCCUUGCAAGCAGGUGGUCGUGAGUUCGAUCCCCGGUACCGAUAAAAAAGAAAAAGACCAAAAAAGAAAGAAAAGGUAAAUGAAAGGUGGUUUUUUUCCAAAAUUGACUGUUUAGAAUUUAAAUCAGAUUAUGAACUAUUAAUGUUGAUUCUAGAGGUUUUGCUGCUCUUCUGUGUUUAAGGGUAAUUUCUGAGAGUUUUACCACCAAACUGUUUUGUCUCUGUACCACUGGCGAAGCUUAGAGAGCCACCAGCAGUCUGGUAAUGAUCUGAUGAUUAAACCUUCUAGAAACACACACACAGACACACGUGUAGCAUUUUUUUCUUUUAUUUUUUCCUUCACCUUGCUCCUUACGUUGUUCUUCAAACCAGUGUUUUGGAAGUUUGCAUGCAGACCUUUAAAUGAAAACCAUAGUUGUUCUUGUGUGUAGCAUGUGUACUAAUGUCUGUUUCAAGACAAGGUCUCGCUAAGUUGCCCAGCCUGGGCUCAAACUUGGGAUCUUCCUGCCUCGGCCACCUCAGCCUUUCAGAGUGCUGGGAUUACUGGUGUGUGCCACCACACCUUACACUAAGUCUGACUGUAUCUGCAAAAACUUCCUUGACAGAGGCUUGGGCUAACAGAUCACAUGCACAUUUCAAAACAAGAAGUGUCAGGUUUUUACCUGGCAAAAAGAACAGGGCUAUAUUUGUUCCAGUGACAGCCAGCAUUUGUUUUUAAAGUGAACUUAAUAUAUUAUUCAAUAUUGUGACUAGAAAUAUGCAAGAAAUGAUAGAACAAAAAAAAAAAACUUUUUUAUGUGUAUGUUCUCAUCAUUCGUUACUCAAAUAGUGAAAAUGUAAAAUUUCUGAAUGGUAUAUUGUCUGAGGGGUUACCUGGUUUUUAAAUGUUUUGUCAUUGAGAAACUAAAUUUUUCCAUCCAGCUGGUAUUUGAAGAAAAUUUAAAAUCCCCCAAGUACAGUAAUUUGUAUCUGAAAGGGACUGCUUACACAAGUAGAAAUCUAAUAUUUGUUAACAUGAGAAGGGUCCUGUUUAUAUGCAGGGUGCCCUCUCACGUGUCCUGUGUUUACUCCUUGGAUUGACACACCAGCUAACACUAUUUCUCUCUCAUUGAACAAUGUUGAUAUGAUCAAAGUAACCACUAUGAAUAUUUAGGAGAGGAAGUUUUAAAAGACCCUAAGCUGGCAUUGUAAAGGAACACCACGGUAGAUUCUUUUUGUAAAUUGAUUUUGUAUUUAAUGAAAUACAGUAUACAGGCUGGCGAAGUGUAAUAUAAUUGUGUAAACAAACCCUGUUAAUAGAGAGAUGUACAGAUUCGUUUUGUACUGUAUCUUGAACCUUGUGAAAUAAAGAUUCCACCUCUGGG